UUAUUGCGGUUAAGUUAAGGGUCGUAACAGUGAUAGUCUAUAAUAAUAUAGAAAAUAAGACUUUCCAAUUUUAAUCUAGGCUGCGUUUUUCAUAUGUAAAAACGUAUUUAUAUAAAUAAAUGAGUAGAUCGCAGUUAAUAAGAAGUUUGCAUACUAUCAUGUAGACUGAUAUGCAAGUAAAAGUCAUAAACAUUUGUAAUUAUUCUUAUUUGAUUAUAUAAAUAAUUGACUUUGAGACAGAGACUUUUUAUAAUGUUGUUUAUGUUUAAAGUUGAACAAAAUACUAUAAAAUAAUUUAAAAUAAAAUGGUGCCGUACACUAUCAAGCGAUGAAGCUCACAUAAUUUCACCAUUUUAAAUUAUUUACUUUUGACCAACCCUAUAGUAUAAAAUGGUAUGAAUUGGCUGCACUUUGUUUAUAAUUUAGCGCUUUCCUUCAAACGCAUGGUAUUAGGAACUCUACGGUUUCAUAGUUAUCGUGCUUUCGCAUUCGCACUUGUGUUGAUUUUACUUUAUUGAGGGGAGAUUCUAUCAAGAACUCUCCCGUUUGGUAUUUGGAAAAAAAAUUGGUGAAAAUCGCCACAGUUUCGUUCCAGCUCUGCAUCGCACAGACAAGAAAUUCUAUUUCUGCAGCUGACGUGAUAUCUCUGUCAACCCCCCCCAAAAACAAAUUUUCUCUCGUUGAAAAGAAGAAAGUAAAGCAGCCAAAAAGUCGCACGAGCAGAUUUUGUGCUAACAAUUUUCGCGUUCAUAAUAUUUUGGCGAAAUUAAAUUGUCGACAUAGUUGAAUUUUUCCAACGUCAUAGUCAAAAAAUUGGAAGAAGAAAAUCCAAAGCAGCAGCAACUAGCUUCCUCUGAAGAAUACAGCAGCGUAAAAGGGACGUAGGUAGAAAACUAUCGUACAGGUACGAGUACAGUGCCCUUAGUACCGCUGGUGGGAAGAGCACAACAACAAAAUAAUAUCGAACGGAACGAGUGCCGCUACGUACGAUAGGAAAGAGGCGAAAAAACGUGGUUUUUUGGUUCGAUAGCAGCCCAGCAGAAAAUUGUCAAAUUAUUGUAAAAGAAAAAUUAUUGAGUGAAUUACGCGCUCUAUAGUGUCACUAGUGAAGAAAAAUAAAAGGUGUAAUUUUCGCGAAACCGCAAAAAAAAAUGGAAAACCAAAACAAUAGCGCUGUUUCAGAUGCAGCUAACGCUGCGGAAAAUGGUUCUAACGCUACUCAGGAAGUGUCUUCUACAACUAAUGUAACCGCUGAGCCAACUAAACGGUCACUACGUGUUCAAACCUGGAAGAAAAUUCAGGAUAACAAGUGCGGCGUCGGUUUCAAUGCUAUUUUCAAUCGCAUACCUGGUUUUGUGGAUAGCGACAAAGCUGCCAAACUUCUCUCAGAAACCGAAGAGUUCAAGAAAGCGGAAAACAUCAAGGUUAACAUCGAUCGCGCUUUGCAUUCGGUUAAAUUGGAAACUCUGCUAGCUGGAAAAAAUUUGUAUUUACCAGGAACGCGUGACUCUAAAGCUAUAUAUUUAAAAGUUGACGUACCUGCUGACGCCACAGAUGACCAGAAGAAGGAAAUUUUAAAUGUACAAGAUGUCCAGCAACAUCGCACUGAAAUAACUUUAGAUAGCAAAGUUAAGUUGGAUAUGGUAGUCAUUGGUUCGGUGGUAGUAUCACGAGAUGGUUACCGCAUUGGGCGCGGUAACGGUUUUGCCGAUCAAGAUAUUGGGUUACUUACCGAAAUUGGUUCAAUUACACCCGACACAGUUAUCGCUACGAUGGUACAUGACCUGCAGGUUGUUGAUAGCCUGCCAAAUGAGCUAUUUCAAAAAUACGAUACUCCUGUUGACUUAAUUAUAACACCCACAGAGGUUAUACAUGUCAGCAAACGGUUGCCACGUCCGACUGGCAUAUUCUGGGAAUUGCUUUCGGAGCGUCGUCUUAAGAUUGUACCUGUCCUUCAGGUGCUUAAGGAAAGCGAAGAGAAUGCCGGUAAAGUAAUUGUGCUGAAAGAAGUGGAUACCGAUAUUGAACAAAAUCAGAAUGGACGCAGUCGUCGCCGUGGUCGUCGGCGCUACGGACGUCGCAACCAACGUGGCGCUAAUUCUCAAAUCGACACUGAACAACAAGGUGCGGAAGGCGAUCAAUCAGGCGUUGUGCAAUCACAACAGACAAAACCCGUCACGGUCAAUGUAGAGUUGCUCAAGUUUGAUGAGAAGAAAGCUGCGGGUGGAAACGGUGCUACAGAAAAUGGUGACGUUGCUGCAGGCGGUGAUGCUGGCGCUGCUCGCAUCGAGUCCGUCGAUACUACCACCGUAUAGUAUGAGCUACGUGCUGUUUUGAAACGGCUGUACUUUUGGUUGGGACAUUUGGAAUCGUGCGUUCAACGAGAGAAAAUUGUUUAACAUUCAUUUACUCCUCCGUCAACACCCGCCCCUACAUAUACAUACAUACAUAUAUUUGCCUUCCCCGUUCAGUAACAUAUUAUGCAACUACGCACGUUUCUUAUUUUUUUCGAAUGUCAGCUUAGUUUUUUUGUUUUUUUUUCUUUAAUAUUUCAAAAUAUUUUAACAAAUUAACACAUAAAACAAGUAAAGAUUUUUGUUCUUUGCCAAUGCGGGGUAUUAUGAUAGCCAAGUUCUGAGCAAAAUAUUUGUUUGAUUUUUUUACCAUCCCCGCCGUUUUAAUUUCGAUUGUAAUAUAUUAUAUUAAUUUGUUUAAUUUCUUGUAUUGCGUAGAUAAAAAAUACUCUUAACAAUUAUUAGUUUGCGCGCACUUUUUAACUUAUUUGUAAACUGAAUUUACGAAGAUAACUAGUAAAUAUAAAAAAUAAAAAAUAAAAAGAAAAAAAAA